AUGCUCCUUCACCUUCUGCUGCUUGCUUCGUGGACCUUGGCACAGUCAUUCACUCCUGCGCUUACUAGCCCGAGCUCUUGUGUCAAGCGAAGCAUCAUAAUCUACACUUCUGACUCUUCUACUUAUUUUGCAACUAAUGUCGGCACUUCGAGUUUUCCAUCAACGCCCACUUUCUGCGCUAAUAUCUCUGUAUCUACUGUUAUUACUACACAGCCAGCCUCAACUGUGACGGUCUAUACGCAAGCGACAUCAGCUCAACAAUCUGCUGGCUCGCAAACGUCUGUCGAUUCUGUCAUCACAGACAACGGUUUCGAGGAUGGCACAUCUAGUCCCUUCAAUUCCUCUUCUUCGGGAUCUACAGUCACCGCUGAGGUCGUUCAAGGUGGUAUAUAUGAGCCUCAUGCUGGAAAUAAUUAUCUGUAUGUUGGGACGACAGUAUCUUCAAGCCCUAGCUGA